GUUCUGCCCAAACCUGUCGCUAGCUCACAAAUCUUCUGUCCCGCUCGGAAGUCUACGCGGACGCUUCCGGGUCACGCGGCGCAGACACCAAGAGUCAUGUGACACCAAGAUGGCGGCGCCGCGGUAGCUGGCUACGGGUUGUGGCGUCCGAGGAGCCGCGACGGUUUCUGUCCUCGGGCCGUGGGGGCGGCAACGCUUGACUGGCCCCUGCGGCGGCCCGUAGCCCCGCGUUAGGCACCGGUUCAGGGCUUGGCUGUUGCUGUCGCGGUGGGUUCGGGGGAGUGCCGGUGACCUCGCUGCAGGUGUCCUGCGCCGGACGCUCUCGCCGGAGGAGGAGGAGGAGGAGGAGGAGGAGGAGGAGGAGGAGGAAGAGGAGGACAACCGGCCUGCCGGGUCUUCUGGACCUGCGGCGUCCAUGGGCUUCUGAGGGCUCUGGAGGAGCUAUAGCUCUGAGGGGACUGUGGGAGUUCGAGUCUUCGAGAGUGUGAGGGGCAGCCUAGUACCCCUGAGGGCGCAAAGAAGACCGCGGGGACUUUGCUUCCUCUUCCAGAGGCCUUGCUUCCCUGCGUUGAUUACCCCCUCAUUCUUUCUCACUUCCUCUCAAUGUUCUCUCCAUAUAUCUGGAAAUAUGAUCAGCGCCCCUGACGUGGUGGCCUUCACCAAAGAGGAGGAGUACGAGGAGGAGCCUUACAAUGAGCCCGCCUUGCCCGAGGAGUACUCGGUGCCACUCUUCCCCUUCGCCAGCCAGGGAGCCAACCCAUGGUCCAAACUGUCCGGGGCCAAGUUCUCUCGGGACUUCAUCCUUAUUUCCGAGUUCUCCGAGCAGGUGGGACCCCAACCCUUGUUGACCAUCCCCAAUGACACCAAAGUUUUUGGUACUUUCGAUCUCAAUUACUUCUCCUUGCGGAUCAUGUCUGUGGAUUACCAGGCCUCCUUUGUGGGCCAUCCGCCUGGUUCUGCCUACCCCAAGCUGAACUUUGUGGAGGACUCCAAGGUGGUGCUGGGAGACUCCAAGGAGGGAGCCUUUGCGUAUGUGCACCACCUUACCCUGUACGACCUGGAGGCCCGGGGCUUUGUGAGGCCCUUUUGCAUGGCUUAUAUCUCAGCGGACCAGCACAAAAUCAUGCAGCAGUUUCAGGAGCUCUCAGCUGAAUUUUCCAAAGCUUCCGAGUGCUUGAAGACAGGCAACAGGAAGGCAUUUGCGGGAGAACUUGAAAAAAAACUGAAAGACUUGGAUUACACCAGGACAGUGCUGCACACGGAAACGGAGAUCCAGAAGAAGGCCAAUGACAAAGGCUUUUACUCAUCUCAGGCAAUUGAGAAAGCCAAUGAACUGGCUAGUGUAGAGAAGUCCAUCAUUGAACAUCAAGACCUGCUGAAGCAGAUCCGCUCGUACCCUCAUCGGAAGUUGAAGGGGUCUCCUUUGUGUUCUGGGGAGACGGAGCACACCCAGGAUCAGGCCAGCCAGGCAGCCACUACCUCUAACCCUGAUGAGUCUGCUGACACAGACCUUUACACCUGCAGACCUGCUUAUACCCCGAAACUCAUCAAAGCAAAGUCCACCAAGUGUUUUGACAAGAAGUUGAAGACCUUGGAAGAGCUCUGUGACACUGAGUAUUUCACCCAGACCCUGGCUCAGCUCAGCCACAUAGAGCACAUGUUCAGAGGAGACCUGUGCUACCUCCUGACCAGCCAGAUUGACAGAGCACUUCUAAAACAACAGCAUAUAACAAACUUCCUCUUUGAAGAUUUUGUGGAGGUCGACAACAGGGUGGCAGAGAAACAAGAGAGCGCACCCCCUAGGCCCGUUCCAGGCAGGCCGCCUUCUAGGUCUCUGGAAGAAUGUCCGAUUCCUCAAGUGUUAGUUAGCGUUGGUUCCUACAAGUCCAGUGUGGAGUCUGUGCCGAUCAAGAUGGAGCAGGAACUUGGAGAUGAGGAGUACAGGGAAGCGGAGGUGACAGAAUCGAGCAGUUUUGACCCCCAGGAAAACUUGGACUACCUGGAUAUGGAUAUGAAAGGGAGCAUCAGCAGUGGCGAAAGCAUCGAGGUUCUGGGCACGGAGAAGUCCACUGCUGUGCUGCCUAAGUCUGACAGCCAGGCCAGCCUCACGGUGCCAUUGAGCCCCCAGGUGGUCCGGAGCAAAGCGGUCAGCCACAGGACCAUCAGCGAGGACAGUAUUGAAGUCCUCAGCACCUGCCCCUCGGAGGCCCUCAUCCCUGAUGAUUUUAAGGCCAGCUACCCAAGUGCCAUUAACGAAGAAGAAUCAUACGCAGAUGAUAGCGAGGGAGCCAUCCACUUCCAGGCAAGCGUCAGCCCGCCAGAGCUGGGUGAAGCAGAGGAGGGCAGCCUAGAAACCCCCCCGUCACAAAUAGACUCCUCCUGCUGCAUUGGGAAGGAGAGUGACAGUCUGCGGGUGCCCCUCUCCCCUCCAGCCCACACCCCCUCGGAGCAGGACGGAGUAGUGAGCAUCCCUCCGCAGCGCUACAGGCAGAAGGACCAGGGGUUCCGUGUGGACUUUGCCGUGGAAAAUGCCAGUCCUUCCCGAGACAACAGUUCCGAAGGCUUCCCUGCUGAUGAGCUGGAUCCAAACCGCCUGCUGGCGAGCCGGGAUGUCAGUAAGACCAGCCUGGACAACUACUCGGACACUACCAGCAACAUGAGCAGUGUAGCCUCCACCAGCUCAGACAGGACUCCCUCUUCUGCUCACCCCACCGGCCCCUCUUCCGAGAGGCAUAAAAAGAGGGCUGGCCAGAACGCCUUAAAAUUCAUCCGUCAGUACCCCUUUGCCCACCCGGCCAUCUACUCCUUGCUCAGUGGGAGGACACUUGUGGUCCUAGGGGAGGAUGAGGCCGUAGUGAGGAAGCUGGUGACAGCGCUGUCCAUCUUUGUCCCCAGCCACAGCCAUUUCGCCAAGCCGGUGAAGCACUGGGUCUCCUCUCCUUUGCAUAUCACGGAUUUUCAGAAGUGGAAGCUUAUCGGCCUGCAGAGGGUGGCGCCCCCCGCCGGCGCCGGCACGCUGCACACCCUGGGCCGCUACAGCCGCUACACGAGCGUCCUGGACCUGGACAGCAAAGCGCUCCGCUGCCCCCUCUACAGGGGCGCCCUGGUGCCCCGGCUGGCCGACCACCGCACUCAGAUCAAGCGGGGCAGCACCUACUACCUGCACGUCCAGAGCACGCUCACGCAGCUCUGCUCCAAGGCCUUCCUCUACGCCUUCUGCCACCACCUGCACCUGCCCGCGCACGACAAGGAGACCCGGGAGGUGGUUGCCGGCCGCCAGGCGAGCUUCCUGAAGCUGAACCUGGGCCUGGUGAACGAAGAUGUGAAGGUGGUCCAGUACCUGGCCGAGCUGCUGAAGCUGCACUACACGCAGGAGGCUCCCGGGACCAGCCAGCCCACACUCAGGUUCGACUACGUCCCCAGCUUCUUGUACAAGAUCUGAGGUCCGCCCCAGCCACUGUGACCGAGACCUGUGACUCAGGGUACGGGGAGGGGAGGGGUUGGCGUGAGCGAGGGGUCCUCUGAGCUGUUGAGACUUCAGGUGUCAUCGGGCGAGGGAACCCGAGGUGGCAGCCCUGGUUCCCGGGUGGCGUCCGGCGGUCUGGGAGGCGGGCUCGGGCAGAAGCGGGCGCCUGGCUCUCCGCUGGCGUCAAUAAGGACAGUGACAGGCUGCUCCGCCAGGUGAGGAGUGGCCCCUGGGGACGGGAGGGGGCCGCUUGGCUUCCUGAGGACUGGGAGGUGGGCUGGGAGGCGGGCUGGGAGAGAGCCAGCACUCUCUCGAUGGAGCGGGACGAGGGCAGAGAGGUGAAGCCCGGACGGGAGGGGCACGCUGGCACGGUCAGCUCCCAAACACUGGGGCGGCGAGAUCAAGGGAAGCACCGCAUUCACUGGCACGGUUUAGCGGGAAACAGGCCGACAGAACGUCCAUUGCCUCAUUCAGAUCCCAGCUGGGGUCCUUCACUCGGGCCCCCUAGAGCCUGUCAUCCCUGAGGAGGCCCCCAAAUGAGUGAGGUGGAGGGAGGCAGCUCUGCCUACGCUGGGUGGUGGCAGACAUGGGAACUUCUGGGCCCUGGGGCUGCAGGGAGAGCGAGCAGCACCCUGUCUGGUCCUGGCUUCCUCACCAGGCACGGAAGUGCCUGUGGGUGGGCUUUGCAGCUGCACCCCCCGGGGCGGCAGGAUGGGCUCGAGUUAGGCGCUCGUCCCUGCUCGUGAGUGAGAACCACUCUCGCAGCUAGAGGGCCCGGGAGACGGGCAGGGCCGCUGGGCCACGAGGCCGUCAGCACAGUGCAAGGGAUGAGGAGCCAGCAGGCCUCCGGGGCGCAGCCCGCCAGCCUUUCUGGCGCAGUGAGUCUACACUGUGCUUUCGGGGAAGGUCGGCAGGCACGCUGGGACUUGGCCAAGGUCACCCCCCUCCCCCCCCCCAUCCUCCACCCGCAGCAAACCUUUGCAACCACUUCACUACCUCUUGCAGGGUCUCGUGGGCACGGCGACAGCGGGGUUCUGCUCAGCUGCGUGGUCUGGGGGGGCAGCCCAGCUAGCGAGAACCCAGGGCCAGGGUCUCCUCCAGGAAGGAGGAAAGCCUCGUGUGGCUGUCUUCGUGGAUCUGCCCCACGUGGGCCUCACCCCUGCUCACUCCUGCCCGCACGCCGUGCCCUCAAAUACAUGCACCUCACCGCUGUCCACUCCCACCCCACGCGGGCCCCCCACAUAUGGUCGCCUCACCAGCGCUCACUCCUGCCCCACGCAGGUCCCCCAGGUCCACUCACCUCCCGGCAGCUCACUCCCAGCCCCACGUAAGUCCUCCCUUCGGGGAAGGACACAAUCCCUGCCUCACCCGCCGUGACCUCCCCAACGCUCCUUCCAGUUGCCGUUGGUUUGUACGCGGAGGGUUUCUUGCAACCUUGAAAUUUUUAUACUUUUUUUUUUUCUUUUUUAUGGCUGCUUUUUUCCUCCAAGUAGGGAGAACUCUUAGUAUGACCGCUUUUUAACGUGUCCGGGACAGUUGUCCUGCAGCAGACCUGGCCCAGCCACGACGCGGUUGCUCCUGAGCAUUCGCGUGCGCGUCUCUGGGCACCGCGUACUCUGUAGUUGGGGUCUCGCCGUCGAGACCUGCCUACCUGCCGGCUCUGUGGCGCACCGUGGAGGUCACGCUGGGGAGGCAGGACCCCGAGGGGCGUUAGCGUCCCGUCACUCCUGCCGCCCUUUCCUGGCCCGGCUCCUCUUCACGCACGCGGCUACAGCCCUUGGGCCCGUGGCCAUCGGCUUCUGGUCAGGGCCCACGGCCCUGGCAGAGGGGGUGUGAUUUUGCUUCUGAGCCUGUGACUGAGAGAGAACCUUCUGCGGCAGAUGGUCUGUCUACACGCCACGGGUUUUCUUUGUACCUGUGCCCAUUGCAUACGUUCACACACAGAAGAGUCGCCAGGGACGGCUUGGCAGCUUCGAGAUGCGAGGUGUGUGUUUGCACGUGGGGAAGGCUGCGUAGGAAGCCUGUUUCUCUCCGCGGGCUGCCCCCCUUCGUUGCUGCCUCCAGUGUCCCCCGUGUUCAAGAUGCCGCUCUGCUAACUGGGUGGCCCGCUGCCGUCUGCUUACGCCUCUGGGGAUGUGACCUUACAGCAUUUUAUCUCCAAGGCGGGAGAGGUCUCUGGGGUCCAGAUGACAAGACUGAAAGUGAUCAUCGGCACCACUGUUGCUUUUCAUUCCUGUUUCACACCGUUGUGGAUUCUAUACAGUUUAACCGUACUGUCACCUGGGAAACUGAUCAAGGCAGAAGGUCAGGCAUGUGGGGCCUUCUAGAAGCUAAAGCCGUCGCUACCACGGUCUGAAGUAGAUGUCACUUUGGAGGGGGUUUGCGUGGAAGCUCUGUCUCAGGGAUGGUUCCGGAGGCCCCAGGAUUCUGAGGCGAGGGAUCAGGCGGGUGUGAACAGAACAGGUAUGUCCCAUCCUGGGGCCGGCCUCAGAAAGAGCAAGUGAGGAAGGAGUGUCUCCCUUGAGUCGUUCCUUCAUGGCUUCACGGGCCAGUAGGUAGACUCCAGGUUUUAAAUUUUGGUUAAAGUCUAACUUUCCAUUGUGGCAGUUUCACAGGGUUGCUGGAUGCCAAGUGUGUUUUUUUCCGGGGGGAUUUCAAAGUGGUCCUGGGACGGAGCCACUUCGGGCAGGCACUUGAGACCGUGGAGCUGCCCUUCCCAGACCCCCUCCACUUUGGAGAGCUGGAACCCACUAGAAGUCCCACAUCUGUAAAUCUUAAGGUGUGGGGAGCCCUAUGCAGUGGGACUGAGCUCUUUAAGAAUUUUCAUUUGAGGUUUGUCUCAAAUAAAACGUUUUAAAAACACUUCACAGCAAAUAGAGGACAUCCGUGCCUCUUACUACUUUGUCAGUGACCAGGUACCAAAAGUGUCCCUGGGGUUUAUUUCAACUUUAGUUCCGACCCAUGACUGCUCCCCCGCCUCCAACCACCCCUUUUUCCACCAGGUCCAGGUUGAGAGCAGGCUGAUCAGGCUAGCAGUCUGGCGGUAGUGAUUUCCAGAAGCUCCACGUGAGAGAGGAGCGAGAGCCUUUGUAGCACCGCGGCCCUCGGGGCGCUCCGACCUGAGCUGCUGCCUCACACCUCCCCGUUCCCCUAGGGAUCUUGCUUCCCUGGUGGAAUCUUCAGAUUUUAGAAAUCGCGACUUGCCCGUGAUUUACUGCAGUGGCUGAAGUUACAUGAUGAAUUGCACCAGAAUUUGGAAAUGGACCCUGAUAGGCCCCCUGUCAUUUCCCAUCUAGCUUUUAACUUCUUUGUCGCUAUAUUCAAGGUAUUGUAGGUUUCCACCUCCAACAAACAGCACAGCCCAGUUCAAAUCCUAGGGAGGCCAACAGAUUGUACCCUAAGUGCCAGGGCAGCUACAGUUGAGCAACGUCUUUCUGGAGGCCGAGGGCAGCCUUAAAGAACUCGCCUGCAUACCGACCACCCGCUUCUGCCAGUGCCGGACGCGUGCCCCCACCUCCCCGGACCUGGUGUUGCAGGGCAGGUCAGCUUCUCGUACUGCUGCCCAGCAGGUAACACUCAGCUGCCGGGGAACCCGCUGGCAAGCAUGAACCACCUUCACAGGAACUGAUCUCCCAAGCCAGCAAUCCGGUUUUACUUCCCAUCUCCCUAAAAGCUCAGAAGCUCAGAAGAAAGUGCCUUGGUUUGUGCUCGGAGGCCAACCAGCCAGCUCUCCGGCUUUUCCCCAAUACUGUGAUAGAAAGUGACAAAACGGGAAUCUUCCAGAGAUGCGGUAUUAACAGACUGCAAAAAAGAGAAAGCAUCAAGUUUCUACUCCUGGCUGGAAAGAACCGGUCUCAGCUGAAAAGGUCUGAGCACACACCAAGUGUCCCUGAGCCCUCAAAGGAGAAAGCUGUGAGCCCUGACCUAAUCUGGUCUUACCUGUUAAGGUUUGGUUACGGUCAUGGGAAGAGGGGGGUGGGGGGAGGGGGAGGGGGGCGGCCCGAGCACUUUGCAAUGAAUUAAGCUGCUGCUAGGGAGCCCCGGCUUCGUGGGAGUAAUUGUUCAGCUCCAAAAUGGAGGCCACACGGUGGGGGGGGUGGGGGGGGCUUGGAGAUAGCCUUUUGUCUUCAGUUGCGGGAGGAGCCGAGCCCCUGAACCUAAGACUGGCUUGGCAGCAUCACGGCUCCCAAAGUGAAGGCAGAGAUGUGGGGACUGGUGUGUCACCCACGCCCCAUGGAGUCUGCAGCAGCCCGUCCCCACCCAUGCUGGAGUGAAUGCCAAGGACGUGCUGGACGCCAGGCCCCAGGGGCGCCCUCCAGGCAGGACCGUGGGGUGCCUCGCCCACCGACUGCCCAGCACUGGCUGGUUAUACAGGUUGGGUUGAAAAAGAUGCCACCUUUUAAGGCUGCAGUGAAAAGCAUAGUCUGUGAUGAAUUUGUACCUGUUAUUUUUGGAAAGCUAUUUUAUUACUGCAUGUUCCUCUGUCCACUCGUGUGAACGCCGAGUCCUCCCCCACGUGAGCUGUGCGCGUCACAGCGCCCCACCUCGGACGCGUGCGCGACAGCCGCUCGGGGGUGUGGCCGCGCCAGAGUUUAACCAGAGUAAAUGCCAAACAGAUAGUAUGAGAAGUGUACUUUUUAAGAAAUUAAUUUAUUUGAGUUCAGAUAUUUUUGAAAUAUAAAAAUUGGUUGUAUUUUUUAAAGCUAUAAUUCUUGUAGACAUUCUGUGGUUAAAAAUUUGUGCUUAUUAUUAAAAACAGUCAUCUAUGUUUCGCACUUCAGCUUUGUGAAAAAUAAAGUUUCUCUGGGAAGGUGA